GCCUCCCAAGUGCUGGGAUUACAGGGGCACACCACCACACCAGGCUUGUUUCUUUUUUGAGACAAGGUUUUACUAUGUGAUCCAGGCUCUCCUCUCGCUUCAGCCGUCCUUGGGGACCCUCUGGGAUCCAUGUCUGAGAUGAUUUGUUGGGGAGGGUGGGGGUGGGUUGUUCGGUAAAUCUUGUAGACCGGGCCCUUCUGGGGUCCUUUGACCAUAUGGGAAGUUCUCCAGCAUCCCUAGGCUCUCAGGAGUUCACAUACUGACUCUCCUGUGUGAGGUGCUCCUGGGUCAUUCUGGCGCCUGGCAGUAUGGGGUGUGUGGCGGAGAAGCAGGUGUGUCAAGGCGUGUUAGUUUUGAGACUGGGUCUCAUGUAGCUGAGACUGGCCUUGAACUCACUAUGUAGCUGGGGUGACCUUGAGCUCCUGCCUCAGCUGGAGUGCUCAGAUUACUGGCGCCAUCAUGAGACUGUUUCUUUUCUUUUUCUCAAGUCAGUCUAUCUUUGUGGCCCAGGCUGGCUUCAAACUCAUAACAAUCUUCCUGCCUCAGUGUCUGGGGUGCUAGGAUUAUGAACAUGUUCCACCAAACUCCGCUUACCCCAUGCCAUCACUAACCAGACUUCUAACGCUGGUUACCCCCCACCCACAAAGCAGGCAAAUUAAGGCCUCGCAGGUGUUUCUUCAGAGGAAAACGCGUUUUCACAGUGAUCUUUCAAACUAGGCAGCUCUCCCACAGUCCAGACAUCUGAAUGGGAAACUUGGGACAAUUGGUGACCUCUGGCCAGCUUUUCUGUGUGUAGAGGCUGGGACCAGCUCUUGUCCUAGUGUUGGCCCGAGACCCUGCCCAGUGCCUGCCUGUCCCACCCCUGUGGCUUCGUCAGCUGCCCAGUCUUUUGCCCUUCAGGUGCUGGAUACAGCCAGCUGCAGGCCAAGCCAGCUCAAAAUGGUUCUCAUUGGGCCUCUAUGGCAGAAACAGAACCCAAGGCUUCCAGCCCAGGGGGGCGGGGUCACCCAGGCUUCGGUCCCUCCGAGGAAAAGGAGGAAGAAGGCCUCCUGCAACCCUGAUAAACCUGACCCAUGAGCUCACCUCUGGGUGGCCAGGACAGGAAAAAAGGAUCAUGGAAGAUUUGAAUGUCCAUGUGGCCAAGGCUAAGCUGGCACCUAGUAAAAUUCUUUCUUCAAAAGCCAACAUCAUCACUCUCCAUGGAUAAUAAAUAAAAUCCUAAAUCAAGGUUACAGCUGGGACCCUUUAUCAAACACUGCCCCCUGCCCCUCCACCGGAUGGGGGGGGUACUGAGACAGAGGCAGCUACAGUAAGGAGGGGCAGAUGAGGGAGGAAGGCGGAGGUACAGUGGCUGUGGGCCAGCCUGGGUCUUGAACGGUGAAAUCCCUGGGCUCUUUUCCGCUCACUCCUCCAUUCCAGGUUUCUAGCUUUUGUGUGUUCGUUUUUUAAAGAUAGGAUCGUUCUUACAUUGUAGUUCAGGCCGGCCUCGAAGUCACGCCAAUCCCCCUGUUUCAGCUCAGCCUCUGGAAUUCCGGGAUUCAAGGAGGGCCACUAUGUAACUUGCCUGCUCCCUCGGGAGCGAGGUGGAAGUUUGCCGGGCAACCAAAGGCGUCACAGGGAGGCUGCCGACUAGUUGGCUUAGUGCCCCCCGAGGCGGGACGCUUCCGGCUGUUAGGGGAUUUUGUCAAGUGCAGAGGAGGGAAGGGAGUAGGAAGAAAGAAAAGCGACCGGGGCAGCUUGUCUCGGCUCCCCUGGGCCCUGACCCAGUCCUUUCCUCUGCACCCUCCCGGGCCAGCCACACCUAUGGUACCCCAAGCCCCUCUCUUCGUCCUUACCCCCUCCUCGGCUCUCGGGUGCUGGGAAGCAGCCGGCCGGGCAGCCCUCCAGGGCCUUCCCGGCCUCUGCACCCGGCCGGCAGCCGGCCAGGCCGCUCCCAGGGGAACCCACACCAGGACAGGGCGGGAGCGACACCGAGACCUCCUCCCCCCGGCAGGCACCCGUCCUGCCUACGCGGGGAAACCGGACUCUCUCUCCGGGCUCUGGUUUCUAGAAAACUCCUGACUCGGGCUGGCUAAGAAAGGCUUCCUGAACCUACCCCUCCCGCGCCCGGUGCACCUGAGACCCCCAGCCCUGCUUCUCGUCCUCCCCCCAGGACCUAGCCGGCCCCUCCCCACACACUCCUCUCCUUCCAGGACCCAGGGUUCCCCUCCUUCAUCUCCUUCCCUUUCCCUUUUCUCCUCCCCCUUUGUCCCGGGACACAAGUGCCCUCUCUGUUUCCCCUCUCUCCCCUUCUCGUGGUCUGCUCCCUUCUCCUCCCGCACCCCCAUUUCUCCAGGACCUAAGGAUCUGGGCCCCUGCGCCCCCAGACCCCCCUCCUGAGGCCAUGCAGGCCCCACCUUUGCACCUCCACAGACUCAGGUGUCCAAGCUCCCCCAGCCCAGCCCCCCUGGGCCCCGGCAUUCUUCCAGCCCUCUCUGUCUCCUAGCUAUUUCUCGCCCUUUAGAGCACUCGGGAGGAAUGUGGGGCGGCCCUGCGAUGCCUCCUGGGAGUCUUGAGCCUCCAUAAAGGGCUCCUCCUAGGAACCCACCUGUCCCCACUAGGGCCUGGCCAGAGCUACUGCGGUCGGUCCCAGUCCUGGGAGCGGGAGGAGGUCGCCGACAUGCCUGAGGCUAAACCAGCAGCCAAAAAGGCCCCCAAAGGAAAGGAUGCGCCAAAGGAAGCCCCUGCUAAGCCGGCUCCUGAAGAACCCCCCAAAGAGGCCCCCCCUGAGGGCCAAUCCCCGACUGCAGAGGAGCCCACAGGCCUUUUCCUGAAAAAGCCGGACUCUGUGUCAGUGGAGACUGGGACGGACACGGUGAUUCUGGCCAAGGUGAACGGGAAGGAGCUUCCGGGCAAGCCCACCAUCAAGUGGUUCAAGGGGAAGUGGCAGGAGCUGGGCAGCAAGAGCGGAGCCCGCUUCUCUUUCAAGGAAUCCCACGACUCUGCCAGCAAUGUGUACACCGUGGAGCUCCACAUUGGGAAGGUGGUCCUAGGGGACCGCGGGGAUUACCGUCUAGAGGUCAAAGCCAAGGAUGUCUGCGACAGCUGCCCGUUCAACGUGGAUGUGGAGGCACCCCGACAGGACUCAUCUGGUCAGAGCCUUGAGAGCUUCAAGCGUUCGGGUGACGGGAAGUCGGAAGAGGCGGGUGAGCUGGAUUUCAGCGGCUUGUUGAAGAAGAGGGAAGUAGUUGAGGAGGAAAAGAAGAAGAAGAAAGAUGAUGAUGACCUGGGCAUUCCCCCAGAGAUUUGGGAGCUCCUGAAAGGGGCCAAGAAGAGCGAGUAUGAGAAGAUUGCCUUUCAAUAUGGUAUCACUGACCUCCGUGGCAUGCUGAAGCGGCUCAAGAAGGCCAAGGUGGAGGUCAAGAAGAGUGCAGCCUUCACUAAGAAGUUGGACCCAGCCUACCAAGUAGACAGGGGCAACAAGAUCAAGUUGGUGGUGGAGAUCAGUGAUCCAGACCUUCCGCUCAAGUGGUUCAAGAAUGGCCAAGAGAUCAAACCAAGCAGCAAAUAUGUGUUCGAGAAUGUGGGGAAGAAACGAAUUCUCACCAUCAACAAGUGCACACUGGCGGAUGACGCUGCAUAUGAGGUGGCAGUCAAGGACGAGAAGUGCUUCACGGAACUCUUUGUCAAAGAGCCCCCAGUCCUGAUUGUCACCCCACUGGAAGACCAGCAGGUGUUUGUGGGUGACCGAGUGGAAAUGUCGGUAGAGGUGUCUGAAGAAGGCGCACAGGUCAUGUGGAUGAAAGAUGGUGUGGAGAUGACACGGGAGGACUCCUACAAGGCACGCUACCGCUUCAAGAAGGACGGGAAACGGCACAUCCUCAUCUACUCUGAUGUGACCCAGGAGGAUGGGGGCCGCUAUCAGGUCAUAACCAACGGUGGCCAAUGCGAGGCUGAACUCAUUGUGGAAGAAAAGCAACUGGAGGUCCUGCAGGACAUUGCGGACCUGACGGUGAAGGCCUCAGAGCAGGCUGUGUUCAAGUGUGAAGUGUCUGAUGAGAAAGUGACGGGCAAGUGGUACAAGAACGGGGUGGAAGUCCGGCCCAGCAAGAGGAUCACCAUCUCCCACGUGGGCAGAAUCCACAAGCUGGUGAUUGAUGAUGUCCGCCCCGAGGACGAGGGAGACUACACAUUUGUGCCUGAUGGCUACGCCCUGUCCCUCUCAGCCAAGCUCAACUUCCUGGAAAUCAAAGUGGAGUAUGUACCCAAGCAAGAGCCCCCGAAGAUCCAUCUGGACUGCUCAGGGAAGACCUCAGACAACUCAAUUGUGGUGGUGGCUGGAAACAAGCUGCGGCUGGAUGUGGCUAUCUCGGGGGAGCCGCCUCCCACUGCCACCUGGCUGAAGGGAGAUGAGGUGUUCACAGCCACGGAGGGCAGGACACACAUCGAGCAGAGGCCAGACUGCAGCAGCUUUGUGAUUGAGAGUGCAGAACGGGCGGAUGAGGGGCGCUAUACCAUCAAAGUCACCAACCCUGUGGGCGAGGAUGUGGCCUCCAUUUUCCUGCGGGUUGUGGAUGUUCCUGACCCUCCAGAGGCCGUUCGUGUCACCUCAGUUGGAGAAGACUGGGCCAUUCUGGUCUGGGAGCCACCCAAGUAUGAUGGAGGACAGCCCGUGACUGGGUACCUGAUGGAGCGGAAGAAGAAAGGUUCUCAGCGCUGGAUGAAGCUCAACUUUGAAGUCUUCACCGAGACAACCUACGAGUCCACAAAGAUGAUCGAGGGCGUCCUCUAUGAGAUGCGGGUCUUCGCCGUCAACGCCAUCGGUGUCUCCCAGCCCAGCAUGAAUACCAAGCCCUUCAUGCCCAUUGCCCCCACAAGUGCACCCCAGCACCUCACAGUGGAGGAUGUGACGGACACCACCACCACACUCAAGUGGAGACCUCCAGACAGGAUUGGCGCCGGCGGCAUCGAUGGCUACCUGGUGGAGUACUGCUUGGAGGGCUCUGAGGAAUGGGUCCCGGCUAACAAGGAACCCGUGGAACGGUGUGGCUUCACUGUCAAGGAUCUCCCAACCGGAGCCAGGAUUCUCUUCCGGGUUGUUGGGGUCAACAUUGCAGGGCGCAGUGAACCAGCCACCCUCCUUCAGCCGGUCACCAUUAGGGAGAUUGUGGAGCAACCCAAGAUCCGCCUGCCCCGCCACCUGCGUCAGACCUACAUCCGAAAAGUGGGGGAGGCUCUCAAUCUUGUUAUCCCCUUCCAGGGCAAGCCCCGGCCUCAGGUGGUGUGGACAAAGGGUGGGGCUCCCUUGGAUACCUCCCGAGUGAAUGUGCGAACCAGCGACUUCGACACGGUGUUCUUCGUGCGUCAGGCGGCCCGCUCUGACUCGGGCGAGUAUGAGCUGAGUGUGCAGAUUGAGAACAUGAAGGACACUGCCACCAUCCGAAUCCGGGUUGUGGAAAAGGCAGGGCCAGCUGAGAACGUGGUGGUGAAGGAGGUGUGGGGCACCAAUGCCCUGGUGGAGUGGCAGCCGCCGAAGGAUGAUGGGAACAGCGAGGUCACGGGCUACUUUGUCCAGAAGGCUGACAAAAAAACCAUGGAGUGGUUCAAUGUCUACGAACACAAUCGCCACACCAGCUGUACGGUGUCCGAUCUCAUCGUGGGCAACGAGUACUACUUCCGGGUCUUCAGCGAGAACAUCUGUGGUCUCAGUGACUCACCUGGUGUCUCCAAGAACACAGCUCGCAUCCUCAAGCCAGGAAUCACCUUAAAAUCGCUGGAAUACAAGGAGCAUGAUUUCCGAACGGCCCCCAAGUUCCUGACGCCGCUGACGGACCGGGUAGUGGUGGCGGGAUACGCGGCAGCUCUCAACUGUGCUGUCCGAGGCCACCCAAAGCCAAAGGUGGUGUGGAUGAAGAACAAGAUGGAAAUCCAUGAAGAUCCCAAAUUCCUCAUAACCAACUAUCAGGGCAUCCUGACGCUGAACAUCCGGCGCCCUUCGCCCUUUGAUGCAGGGACCUAUUCCUGCCGCGCCUUCAAUGAACUGGGGGAGGCCCUGGCUGAGUGCAAGCUAGAUGUCCGAGUACCACAGUGACAGCUCAUCAUCUGUCAGAAAAGUCAGCCGGACACCAGUCCUGCAACCCUGGGAUGGCAGUCACCUUUCUAGAAUGAUCAUUGUGAUAAAAUACUGUUCCUCAAA